AUGGUUAGAAGGCAUUUCAUUUGGAUAGCGGUCUUUCUUGUCUGUAGCCUGCCAGCUAAGGGAACGCCAGAGUGCACGAGUCAAUGCCAAAACAGAUCCAAAGUUGUAGAAUGUGUAGGCCGCAAUUUAACGCGGGUUCCAUCUUCCAACAAGUGUCAACGUGUGUUCUCCCUGAUCUUGGAUAACAACUGGAUAGAUUUGAAGACGGGUGAUUUUGCCAGCUUCUGUGGAUUAGACGCCGUCCUUUCCCUCAAUAGAAACAGGAUCAAGAUAAUAUCUCCAUACGCCUUUCGAAACCUUUCUAAGCUAGAAAAGCUAUACCUUAAUGAGAAUAAACUUACGAAUCUAUCUAGAUAUGCAUUUGAAGGACUUACCAGCUUAAAAAGACUGAGUUUGAGCGAAAACAAACUAGCAGUGAUUGAGCGUGGAAUUUUUGAAAAUCUCAUUGGCGCUGAAAUUUUUCUACUGAAUGACAACGUCAUACAAAACAUAGAAGUUGGUUCAUUUACAGCCUUAAGAAAUCUCAAGCAACUGGAGCUAAGAAGCAACCGCAUCGAGAUACUGUUAAACCAUACUUUCAGUGGUUUAAGUGGACUACAAGAACUUGACUUGAGCAACAAUAUUGUCCGUUUUAUGGAGUUUAAUGCGUUUAGAGAUCUGACCAGCUUGAACAGGUUGAAUUUAUCCCGCAAUAGAAUCGUUUCCGUAUCGGCCGUUUACGACCUCCGUCUGACAGUAUUGGACCUGUCUUUCAAUAAAGUCACCAACUUAAAUAAGGACUUGAACAGGAGGCUGACGUCCCAGCACCAAUUUGCAAUCAAUGUAUCGAACAACUCGCUAAUUUGUGAUUGUGACAUCGAACCGUUGUACGAUUGGUACAGGAAUCAGUCAUCGCCAGAGGGUGGUAUUGCUCAAUGCGCUGCACCGCCAUUCCUCCAUGGCACACCUUUGACGGAGAUCAGCAUGCAGGACGUAUGCUCGACAAAUAUGGACGCAACCUCCCAAACAUUAUGGACCACAGCUGCAGCAAACUCAAACGACGCCAUGGCUCGUCCUGGUUUGGACGAGAAAACCGAGUCUAGCUGGACCUUGCCUGUCAUGUGCGUCGUGCUCGGACUGCUUGGUUUGCUGCAGGUCCUUCUUCAUCAGGACUACAUCGUGUUCCCAGUCUGUCGAACCAUACCGCGCGCCACAAUUACUCCAACGAGAGAGUUGGGGUUAUGGAUCACCUUCAUGGAUGUCAAUUGCGAUCAGCUACCACCCUUUUCCCCAGCCCUGUGUCCUGUUCAUGUACAUACAUCAGCAUACAUGGAACGGAUAGCGUAA